AUGAUCACACAAGCACGUGAACACACAUUGCCCAGAAACACCCGAUCUUUCUGCUUCUCUCUUCCGCCGAGUAGUCCUCUCAAAGACUUCGAGCUUCUCUCCCCUCUUCACUCGUUCCGUCGAGAAAUUCUCUCGUUCCCUCUUUUCCAAGCGCGAGGCAUGGCGUCGUGGUGGAACCAGCUGGCGAUUCUCGGCAUUUGCGCGCUGGUCGCGGUGCUCGUCGCGCCGGCGGCGGCGAAGCGGCCCAGCAAGGAGGAGGUGAUCGCCGAGGUGAAGAGCGCGCGCGAUGCACUCAAGAACCCCGCGAUUUCCAGCAAAUACCGGAUAACCACCACCUUCCUCGACCACUUCAUCCCGAAAUUGGAGAGCGACUGGAAUCCGACGGACGAGACGCUCGGCAAGCUGGACCGCAAGGCCAUGCUCUUCCCCGCGGACGACGCGCUGCUCACCUCCGACUCCGCCGGCGCGGGCGUGAGCAUGAUGCUGAACCCGAACGCGGACCUGGAGGACGCCAAGGGGUACUGGAACUGGCUACGCGCCAACAUGGUGGACGGGCUCUACUCGGAGCAGGAGAUGAGCGACGCGCGUGAGCUCAAGGACGUGAAUGGCCGCAAGAUGGGCAAGAGUGAGGACGCGGCGGCGAAUCUGAGGGGGGGGAGGAAGAUGCGGUUCGGGAAGGCCAACGCGCAGAUUAACGACCCUGAGAUUUUCAAAGGGAAGUUUCUGAUCGUUCAUGGUGUGGACGCUCUGCAGUCGCCGUACUGACCCGCCUGCCGGAAUCAAAGCGUUUGUGCGAAAAGGCUGAUCAGCUCCGUAGGCCCUACAACUAU